GAUCACGAGGCACCAUGUCUCUGGACAGAGUUAGGAGCAGGAACACUGCAGCAGCUCAGAUUAGAUCUGCCAGGGCUGCAGGAAGAAUCGCUCCAGAGUCUAACACUUUCUUAGAAAAAGAUAGAUCUAUUUCUUUCAUUGAUUCGUCUGAAUUGAGAGACAUAGGAGCAGGUGGAAGUAGGGACCAGAGCAGUGUAAAAUACACUGAUAAAAAGUUUGAGACUAAUGGAAUACACACAGUAAGAAAGACCGAUGAUGGAGCAAAAGGAAAGAAUGAAUCAAAGAGCAGCAGCACCAGUGAAGAUGUGUUCGAGUUCAACUCACAGAAAAUCACAUUGAAAACAGCAGAAUGGAAGAAGGAGAUGUUGUCAGCCCCCUCUGCAACCAGUGUGAAGAAUAAGAUCAGUCAAUUUGAGGCUCUGUCACAGAGAAAUCAAGGAUAUGUUCCCAUGCCCAGAAGAGCCAUGUCUGCACCGACACAUCUUAUCAGUGGGUCAACAAAACCAACAACAGGUGGAUUAAAGGACAAGUGGGAGGGAUCAAGGGAGGGAGAGGGGGCAGGUGUCAAACCUGAAAGGUCUUUAUCGGUGGAUGAGAAUGGACUGAGAAGGGGUAAGAAAGAGAGAGAAGGGAAUGAUUUGGUUGAGAAUGAAUGGGAAAAAAGGUCUAACAACUGUGGUGAAGAGUUUGGUAAAUAUUCCAGACUGAAGAGGGCACUUGAAAUUCCGCUAAAUGGAGGAGUUCAAAGACAACCUCAGCACUUUUUCAUAGAUGAGACAGAUUUCUCCAAAGUCUUCAGCCCUGAGGAGGCAAGUGAAAAAGAUCUGUCCACUAACAACAAGACAACUGUACUAGUGUCCAGUGACACCUCAACUGGUGUGCCGAAAAAAUCGCCCUGUGUAGUUAGUUCACCUCUCAGUGACGAUGACAAGACUCCAACAAACACUCCUAACCACUCACCCUUUCUUUCACCUACCACACAGCCGGAAAAUGUCAUUCCCACUGCAUACAGAUAUGAUAGCACUUCUGUCUUCACAAAGUCAGUCAAAUCUCCUGAUCCACAGUCCCCACCUCUUCCUUGCCCCCUUGCCACUUUCUCCCACAGCAGCCUCCCUGAGCCCAUCUCCCCAGAUGUCAACACAGCCUACCAGAAAGGGAAGAAACGAGUGUUGGACUUGGAUGCUUGGGUAGCUGGCUUGAGCUCAGACAUUAAGGUCUGUAAUGAUACUGAAGAUGAGGAUGAUGAUGAAAGCACACAGAAAGAUGAAGAUUCAAACUAUGAUUCUGAUUCUGGAGAGUCUUCGGUGACCAUUACCAGUAGCACGAGCCAAUCAGAACACAUGAGCUUCUGUGUCAAUCUUUCAGACCUGUAUAACUUUGCUGGAGUUGAGUACGAGUCAGAGAAUGACAGUGAUGACUGGCGAUCUACAGGCCAGCGGUCUAUGUCAGUGAGUUCAGAUGUAUCCAUCCUGUCCUGUGUGUCUCUGAUGCCCACUGAGGAGCUUGAUAGGCUGCUGGAGGAUGUCAGGAACCUGGGGGACAACACUCGGCAGGACUAUGACGAUGUUCAAGUGGUGGUUCUCCAUAAGGAGAUCGGAGUAGGACUGGGAUUCAGUGUGGCAGGAGGCAUGGACCAGAACAAGCCAGUCACUGUCCAUAAGGUGUUUCACUUAGGUGUGGCAGCUCAAGAAGGCUCCAUAAGGGAAGGGGACCAAGUAUUGUCAAUCAAUGGUACAGCACUGUGUGGCUGUACCCACUGGGAGGCUGUGAGGGUCCUGAGAAGGGCAAAGACUCGUGAGAUGGGAGUGGUGGUCUUGAAGAGGGGAGAUGUUAACAGUGCCUUUACAAGAGGAGUGCAGGAAAGUAACCAGGGACCAACACAGACUCAGUCCAUCGAGACAGAUCAAUGUGUGUGCGUGCACCUGGAGAAGAACAGCAGGGAUCUGGGCUUCAGCCUGGAGGGAGGUGUAGGUUCCAGUCUGGGUAACAGACCACUCACCGUUCAGAAGAUCUUCCAGGGGGGCCCUGUUGACAAGGUGUUUCCUGGUGAUGAGGUGGUGGAGAUCGAAGGGAUGAGCAUGGUGGCAAUGAGCCGCCUGGAGGCCUGGACUUUCAUCAGAAGACUGCCCCCUGGACCAGUGGAUAUAGUGCUGCGCCGCCCUCUAAAACAUCUUGAAACAUGACGAUUAUGGAGGUGGCGCACAGAAAAGUUCAGGGAAUGAUGAUGAACAAGAAACUAAAAGCCGUCCAUGAGAGAUUAUAUUGCCUGCCUUGGUUAAGAAGACCAAAUCUAUUAAAUGGGCUGUUUGGGCCCAUUAAAACAAUUUAACAGUUUAUUUAUAGUCAUUAUAACAAAGCCCUAAAGCAAACAUAAUCUUGCAGACCAUGUCAAAGGUGUGUAUUUUUCUCUCUAUAUCCCGUUAACAGGAUUUCAUCUACCUCAAAGCCUGGGAUAUUCCUGUACCAGCCAUAAUUAAAAUGCACAGUUGGCUCAAGUGAAUCGACUUUUGUAACCAAGAACUGGAUCAGUUAAAAGCUAAUAAUGUGGCACCUGUGAAUGAUAGC